AGGGGCAGUCUGUGUGAAGUUUUUGGAUCACGUGUGUAACUGUCCGGGCAGAGAGCAGCCCAGCAGCAGCAGCAGCAGCAGCAGCUCCUCUGGGCGGACGCUUCCACUCUAACCACCGCCUCUUUCUCCAACUGCUCCGGGACAGAUUUAUGCUUCAGCUUUUUCAUUUAUGAGCACCAGGCCACCCUGCGGGACCCCUCUAGGACGGUGCGACCGCGUCAAUGAAGUGUGAAGACGGCAUGGGAAGGCCCGUGUGCCCGAGAUGACCGAAGAUUUGGUCCGAAUUACCACUUCUUUCUGUCGCCAGAGAGGGAAACUUAAAACAAGGCUUGUUUUUGGAGUUCCACCUCCCCUCCUCUCUCCCCGUAGGAUUUGAUUCAAAGGCGAAAACCAAGAUGGCCGCCGAUUCCGUGCAGGGGGAUGCCAGGGGCCAGCAGGUGGCGGAGCGACUGGGUCUGGGACACAACCUGGACCUAUCCGACACCAUGGUUCAGCAGAAGCUGGACGAGAUCAAGGAGCAGAUCCGCCGCGAGAUCCGCAAAGAGCUGAAGAUCAAAGAAGGUGCCGAGAACCUACGCAAGGUCACCACAGACAAGAAGAGCCUGGCUUACGUUGACAACAUGCUGAAGAAAUCUAACAAGAAAGUUGAGGAGCUUCACCAGGAGCUGCAAGAGCUUAACGCCCACAUUGUGGUCAAAGACCCUGAAGAGCUGCUAGAAUGCCCUUUGACCCCAGACACCCCCAACAGUGAAGCGAGAAUGUGCACCAGCAGCAGCCGCCUGGCCGCCCUGAAAAGACAGAACGACAUCGAGCUCAAGGUCAAACAGGGCGCCGAGAACAUGAUUCUGAUGUACUCCAACGGGCCGUCCAAGGACCGUAAGUUGCUAGCGACAGCCCAACAGAUGCUUCAGGACAGCAAGACGAAGAUAGAGUUCAUCAGGAUGCAGAUCCUCAAGGCCAGCCAGGCCACCGAGAUGAGCUUCGAGAGCAACGAUGUGAUGGACAAACCCAUCAUCAGCCCGUUGGACCUUCGGGUGGAGGAGCUGUGUCACCACGCCAAGAUAGAGUCUGCAGUGGCAGAGGGAGCCAAGAAUGUCAUGAAACUCCUGGGCACGGGAAAAGUCACAGAAAAGAGAGCACAUUCAGAGGCUCAGGCUCGGUUUAAUGAGUCCAGUCAAAAGCUCGACCUCCUGAGAUAUUCCUUGGAGCAACGGCUCAACGAGUUGCCGAAAAACCACCCCCGCAGCAGCAGCAUCGUGGAGGAAUUGUCCCUGAUUUCCUCACCAGCCCUUAGUCCCAGAUCCAGCAUCAUCUCCACACAGAACCAGUACAGCACCGUGACCAAGCCCGCCGCACUCACAGGCACGUUAGACGUCAGGCUCAUGGGCUGUCAGGACCUUCUGGAAAAUGUCCCUGGUCGUUCCAAAGCUGCGUCUGUCCCGCUGCCCGGCUGGAGCCCCAGCGAGACAAGGUCAUCCUUCAUCAGCCGAGCAAACCGAAACCGCAGCGUGAGCUCACGGAACAUGACAAAGAGCGAGGAGCUCUCCAAUGAGAUCAGCGCAGUGUUAAAGCUGGACAACACAGUAGUCGGCCAAACAAGCUGGAGGUCGGUCAGCAACCAGGCCUGGGAUCAGAAGUUUACACUGGAGCUGGACCGGUCUCGUGAGCUGGAGAUCUCAGUCUACUGGCGUGACUGGCGUUCGCUCUGCGCUGUCAAGUUUCUGCGGCUGGAGGACUUCCUGGACAACCAGCGUCAUGGGAUGUGUCUGUAUCUGGAGCCACAGGGGAUGCUGUUUGCUGAGGUUACAUUUUUCAAUCCUGUCAUCGAGAGACGACCAAAGCUACAAAGACAAAAGAAGAUUUUCUCGAAGCAGCAGGGUAAAACCUUCCUGCGAGCCCCUCAGAUGAACAUCAACAUCGCCACUUGGGGCCGCCUGGUGAGACGAGCCAUACCCACCGUCAGCACCAACUCCUUCAGCCCGCAGGCGGCUGAGACCGGGCCCAGCAGCCUGCCUGGUUCACCCACACCUACCGGCGACCCUCUGGUGACCAAGCUGGACUUUGACAAAGAGCCCACCCCAGGGCCCAAACACUACCCAGCACCUGAUGACAUCAGAGAACCACUGGUGCAGGACAAGAUGCCCGACAAGGAGGAAGUACAGGAUGCACUCGCCUCUUUUGACUUUUUGAACAAGAGGAACAGCAUGGCACUGAAGCCGGACCUGGACAGAGUGGCGGAGCACGAGAUGCAGCAUCCAGACCUGGAGCUCAUCGCCCUCCAGAAAGACACAGAGCUAAGGGAAGAAGAGCAGUUCCACUUCAGUCUCCAAGACUUCAAAUGUGUGGCAGUUCUUGGACGCGGCCACUUUGGAAAGGUGUUGUUAGCAGAAUACAAAAGCACAGGAGAGAUGUUUGCAAUCAAAGCGCUGAAGAAAGGAGACAUCGUGGCUCGCGAUGAGGUGGACAGCUUAAUGUGUGAGAAGAGGAUUUUCGAAACGGUCAACAGCGUCCGCCACCCGUUCCUCGUCAACCUGUUUGCGUGUUUCCAGACACAGGAGCACGUUUGUUUUGUCAUGGAGUACGCAGCGGGAGGCGACCUGAUGAUGCACAUCCAUGCCGAUGUUUUCUCAGAGCCCAGGGCCAUAUUUUAUGCAGCCUGCGUCGUAUUGGGAUUACAGUUCUUACACGACCAUAGGAUUGUGUACAGAGAUUUGAAGCUGGAUAACCUGCUGCUGGAUACAGAGGGCUAUGUAAAGAUUGCUGACUUUGGGCUUUGCAAAGAAGGAAUGGGUUUCAGGGACCGCACCAGCACGUUUUGUGGCACACCAGAGUUUUUAGCUCCCGAGGUUUUGACUGAAACGUCUUACACUCGUGCUGUGGACUGGUGGGGGCUGGGCGUCCUCAUCUUUGAGAUGCUGGUCGGGGAGUCUCCUUUCCCCGGCGACGAUGAGGAGGAGGUGUUUGACAGCAUCGUCAACGAUGAAGUCCGCUACCCAAGGUUCCUCUCGACCGAGGCCAUCUCCAUCAUGAGGAGGCUUUUGAGGAGGAGUCCAGAGCGACGACUGGGAGCAGGAGAAAGGGACGCAGAGGAGGUUAAGAAACAUCUAUUCUUCAGGAACAUGGAUUGGAACGGACUGUUGUCUAAGAAGGUGAAGCCGCCUUUCGUGCCGACCAUUCAGGGCGCCAACGACGUCAGCAACUUCGACGAUGAAUUUACCUCAGAGGCUCCGAUCUUAACCCCGCCCCGGGAACCCCGAGCGCUGAACUCCGAGGAGCAGAACAUGUUCUCUGACUUUGAUUACAUCGCUGACUGGUGUUAGCUUCACCUGACCUCCCCUCUACACACACACACACACACAUACACACAUACGCACUGUGAACCAACCAACACAGCAAAGACUGUAGCUCACAUCGUUUUUAAAACUUUCUCUCUUCCUUGCCCAAAAUGUUGAGCAACGAAGCCUUCGGGCAAGACUCUGUGCCAUUGAGAAGAAAGUCCAGAAGCCUCCCGAGGACCCCCCACUUAUUUUUUUAAAUCACAUGAAGAACGUUUUUUUUUUUUUUUAAGAAAACAAAUGAAACUCUGUUGUUGGAGAGUGAAGGAGGAGGGAUGCUUUGUCCUCCUGCACACGUCGUCGUCGUGUCCAUUGUCUGACCACUGAGAAUGUUUUUCAUAUGAACUCUGAGAAGACGGCAGCAUCACAAUCAUGUUAUUCAGCGUCACCGUCUCCAGUUUUUUUUGAUCUGUACAGAUUAUAUUCAGUCGUAUAUUUUAUUGUUGUUUUUUUCCUCCCCUUUCUUCAAUUGCAAAGCCCUCGCCGGAGCUUUAGGACAUUUUUUAUCUCAUUGAAAAGUUUGACAUUUCUGCCAGGUGUUCAGUGAAUCCGAAGUGCUCAAAGCAUUUAUCACUGAGCAGUCGACGACAACAAACAUCUUGACUACUACUGCUGCUGCUGCUUCACUUGAAAUCAAACAUUUCUUUUUGUCAAGGGGCUCGCUCUUUGUCCACAAUCUGCUUUAACACUUUUCUCGUCACUCACACAACUGCAUACAAGAACCCACAUCAUUAUAAUACAUUUUAGUAUUAAAAAAGCAGUUAAUUCAGUGUUAAAUGCUACUUAAAGUGUUCUAUUCACUACCAUCAAUUAGGAAAUUAGUAUUGGAGAUGAGUUGAUAAUUAAAAAUGCCUUUAGGCCAGAAAAUGUUUAGUAUUCUUUGCCGUCUGACGCCCUCUAGUGGCUGUGAGGAGAAUCAGCUGAAUUCAGAUCAAAGUGCCGCUUGGUAUUGCAGUAUCUUAAUAAAAUCAAACAUUUAGUAAUUUUAUCAUAGCCUAGUUCAGUUGGAUUUAAUGGAAGCAAAGAAAACGCUGUUCUAUGUUUCAUUAAUUCAAGCAACAAGCAAAUAUCUUUUCUCUAAAGUGAAUGCUUAUGCUCCCGAAGGAUUUUUUUUUAAUUUAAUCUUUUUAUUCUUCAGUGAACAGCUGGUUGUGGUGAACCUGACCACAUGUCUCUUGUUACCUCAGUCAAAGUGAAAACACUAAAGUGAUUCACAGUUAAAAGCUACCAAAACCAAAUUCAUCCUGUCCCUCUUGAAGCAGCAGACAAACAAACUCCUCGUGGUUGAACUGAUUGAUGGACUGACAGAUGAAGCAAAGAUGUGUUGUGCAGAAAUCCAUAAAAUGAAUGCUGAGCUGUAUUUUGGGGGAACAAAGGAAACUCAGUUGUUCUGUCUAAAACGCAGUUUAAAUGCUUCCCACACUGUUCUGUGAUCUGUUAUUUUUCAGUGGAACCAGCUGACGACUUUCUCUCAAUUUGCAUGUCAUUAUCUAUAAACGGACUCAAAUGUU